AUGAGCCACACUCGCGGGCUCAUGUCGUCCGCCCAGGCUCUACGCCAGAUCUUCAUAGUAUCCAGGCGCAUCCCCAGAGCCGGCAUUCUUUCCAAUCCUCUGCAAAAGGGACUCCAGCUUCGAUCUUUUCAACAGUCACAUUGCCUUUACCUCCGUGAAUAUCGUCCGCCCGUUCGAGGACCUCCGAGAAAUGAAGGUAUCACUGCAAGAACCGAAGAAGUCCUCGAAUCCUUUGAUCAUGAUCAUUAUUUCCUCCUGCAGGUUCAAGCUGCGGAAGACGGUAACCUUCCAGUCUGCAAAAUCUACAACAAGAAACAGGUGCGGGAAACCGAAAAAGCCAAGGCCAAAGCAGCACGAGCACCAAAGAAUACCUUGAAGUCCAUUGAGUUGAACUGGGCCAUUGAUGCGCAUGAUCUGUCACACCGGCUGAAACAGCUCACAAACUUCUUGGACAAAGGUCGGAAGGUGGAGGUCAUUUUGACUUCGAAACGACACAAACGCAGGGCAACCGUGGAUGAGAUCAAGCAAGUCAUGCAGAAAGUACUCGACACUGUGAGAGAGGCUGGUGCCAAUCAGAUAAAGCCAAUGGAGGGUGAACCUGGGAAGGUUGUUACGUUUACCGUGCAGAAGGACAUUUAG